AUGAAGAAGGAGCAAGAAGAGCACUGAGACUGUGUGGAGGGUGACAUUGAUCAAGCUUUUAGUCUUCUACUACUAUUGGAAGAGCGCGGAUUGGAAUGUAUGGAUUUAGAUGAGAUCGAAGAUGAAGAUGAAAGUGAGGAGGCUGAAGAUGUAUAUGAAAUAUAUGAAGAACCUUAUGAAAAUAAAAAUUCAAGACUUGCAUUAGCAGAUGCUGGAGCGUGCAUGGAUGGAGAUAGUGAUGACGAUGACGAAGGCAUUUGCCGCGAAAAAUUAACAAAAACGAAAUGGAACCGAAAAAUCAAAAAAUUUAAGAAUCUAAAAAAAGCUGAAGAAUGAAAUGAAAUAUGAAGAAAGCCUAAAAAAGAAACUGACUCCCCCCCCCUCCGUGAGUGAACAGAAUUUUUUUGUUCACUCACGGAAGGGGGUUAA